CGAACCUGCGCCGCUGGCGUGAUCGCGGUCGAGGCGUGCGCGGACGACACGAAGGGCCAGACGUGCUACAUCUGCACGCAGGCUUUGCAUUGGAAGACAAAGGAGGGCCUCGUGCGCAUGUGUGCAUGCCGCGGGACGGCGGGUUUCGCGCACGUGUCGUGCUUGGCGGAGCAGGCGAAGAUUUUGGUCGCGGAGGCCGAGGAGAACAAUUUGGAUGACAAGCCGUUCAAUGAGAGGUGGGUUCGGUGGCUCAACUGUAGUCUGUGCGAGCAACGAUACCACGGCGUCGUGUGGUGCGCGCUCGGGUGGGCGUGCUGGAAGACAUACUUGGGGCGGCCCGAGUGGGACUGGGCUCGGCGUGGUGCGAUGAGCGUGCUUGGGAACGCUUUAUUCGAUGUAGAACGCUAUGAGGACGCGCUGUCCGUACAAGAGGCAGAGUUGUCUAUGGCGCGGCGCCUUGACGCAUCAGAAGAACACAUACUUGUCGUGCGGAGCAAUCUUGCGAGCACGUAUGAAGUGCUUGGACGGGAUGAAGAGGCCCUGGUUCUGCGGCGAGACGUACACUCCAGGCGUGUGAACCGCGACGGCGAGGAACAUACAACGACUCUCAUAGCAGCCAACAACUACGCACUGUCCCUUAUGCAUCUACAACGCUACCAAGAAGCCAAGAGUCUAUUGCGCAGAACUCUGCCCGUGGCGCGACGUGUUCUCGGAGACGAUGAUGAAACUACGCUCAGACUGAGGUGGUAUUUCGCCGGAGGGGUUGUCGAGGAUCCCGCCAGCACGCUCGACGAUCUACGCGAGGCAGUGGCGACGCUCGUGGAAAUAGAACGGACCGCGCGGCGCGUGCUCGGUGGCGCGCACCCGACCACAACGGGGAUUGAGCACCGCCUGCGACUCGCGCGAGCCGCGCUCCGCGCCCGCGAGACGCUGUCGGGGAAAUCCUAAGACUAAAGAAA